UUAAUCACAGAGUUCACUCAGUAGAAAACAAAGAGAUGGGAAGACUCCACAUCAAAAGGAUUACUCAUGCAAAUGUGCAGAUGCCAAACAGUAUAGAAUUCCAGCCUGUAGAGUGUACUGUUGUGAUCAAUGCAGCAGGUGCCAAUUCUGGAAAAGUAGCAGAAAUGGUUGGUAUUGGCUUUGGUCCGCAGGGAAUGGUGGAAGGGACUCCUAUACCAGUUGAACCCAGAAAACGAUACAUCUAUGUAGUACACUGUCCACACGGACCAGGAAUGGACACCCCUUUCUUAGUUGAUUACUCAGGAGUAUACCUCAGAAGGGAGGGACUUGGAGGGAACUACAUCACUGGACUGUCUCCCGAUGAGGUAGAAGAGCCAAACUCUACAAACCUUGAUGUUGACCAUGAUUUCUUCCAUGAAAAAAUCUGGCCAAACUUGGCCCAUCGUGUUCCUGCUUUUGAAUGUUUAAAGGUUACAAGUGCAUGGGCUGGUUUUUAUGACUACAACACCUUUGAUCAGAAUGGCUUAUUGGGAAUCCAUCAUCAGGUGCGAAAUAUGUAUUUUGCCACUGGAUUUAGUGGACAUGGGCUGCAACAAUCUCCUGCCAUUGGUCGUGCCAUGGCUGAGCUUAUUUUAGAUGGAAGCUACCAAACUCUGAAUCUCAGUGCCCUGGACGUUAAGAGGAUUUUUUAUGAAGAGCCCUUAUUGGAGAAAAAUAUCGUAUGACGGAAUUGUGAUAUUGGCUUUGCCAUGGCUGAGUUUAUUUAAGGUGUAAGCUCCCAACAUAUAAAUUGUGUUUUUAAACCAUGCUAUAUACUCAAUAAACACAGAU